AUGAUGAAGCUAAGUUUUGCAACUCUGCUUUUGGUGACAGUUGUUCUUACUUCUUUCUUCAUUCCAGCCACUAUAGCUGGCUCAGAUUUUUGUGAUUCAAAGUGCAACGUUAGGUGUUCAAAGGCAGGACGACAAGACAGAUGCUUGAAGUAUUGCGGAAUAUGUUGUGAGGAGUGUCAUUGCGUUCCUUCUGGAACUUAUGGGCACAAAGAUGAGUGCCCUUGCUAUAGGGACAAGAAGAACUCUAAGGGAGGGCCUAAAUGCCCUUGAAUUUACUUACUCUUUAGUAUUUACCCCAAUUAUUGUUUGUCAAAAACAAAAGCAUAAUGAUUAUUAUGAAAAAAAAUAAGUGAACAAAUGGGGUUCUUUUGUAUAUUUUAUUUUAUGUUAUUGCUGGAUCUGCUGAGCUUUUACAGCUUGUUUGAAUACUUGUUACCUAUGGUAUUAUAUGAUAUUUCUGUUUGAAAUAUAUAUAAUAACUAUUUAUUUUGAUUAUUA